CAACCCUUUCGUGUUUCCAUUAUCGUGAAAAUGGAGAUGUCUUGUCUGUGGACGAGACGCCUGCUGUUGGGAGCCAACUCUGUGCUUCUUGUGAAGCAUCCUGCAAUUGCCUUCUCCACUUUUGCUGCUACUCGUUCAAUUCAACCACCACCACUCAUUUCCCUUUUCUCUUCCCGCCGUCGCUCCCUUUCAACCACCACCGCCGCUUGUUCACCUCCACUCCAUCCUCACUCCGACAUUGGAAAUGGUGCCGUGAAUGCUGCUGCUGCAGCUGCUAUUCCAUUGGAAAGCCCGAAGAUGCUUCUGAAAGGAAUGUCAUAUACUGAACUCGAAAAAUGGGUUCAAUCUUAUGGAUUCAGACCUGGUCAGGCCAUGAUGCUUUGGAAGCGCCUGUAUGGAAACGGAAUAUGGGCACAUCAUGUUGAUGAAUUGCAAGGUCUGAACAAAGAUUUUGUGAAAAUGUUAGGUGAGCAUGCCAAAUUCAAGGCAUUAUCUUUAGAAAAUAUUCUCACAGCAUCUGAUGGCACUAGGAAGAUUUUAUUUAGGUUGGAUGAUGGAUUGGUAAUAGAAACUGUUGUUAUACCUUGCGAUAGGGGUAGGACGACAGUUUGUGUUUCAAGCCAAGUGGGUUGUGCCAUGAAUUGUCAAUUCUGCUUUACAGGCAGGAUGGGUUUGAAGAGGCAUCUGUCCACAGCUGAGAUAGUAGAGCAGGCUGUUUUUGCACAACGUCUCCUAACAAAUGAAGUUGGUCCCUUCACUAAUGUUGUAUUUAUGGGAAUGGGAGAGCCACUUCAAAAUAUUGACAGUGUUAUUAAAGCUGCAGACAUUAUGGUGCAUGACCAGGGCCUUCACUUCAGUCCUCGCAAGGUCACUGUUUCUACUAGUGGGCUUGUUCCUCAAUUGAAACGUUUCCUCCAUGAAUCCAACUGUGCUUUAGCUGUUAGUUUGAAUGCUACGACUGAUGAGGUCAGAAACUGGAUCAUGCCGAUUAAUCGGAAGUAUAAUUUAGGGUUGCUUCUUCAAACGCUUAGAGAGGAACUUGGCUUAAAGAAUAGCUACAAAGUUCUAUUUGAGUAUGUGAUGCUUGAAGGAGUAAAUGACAGUGAUGAUGAUGCAUACAGGCUUAUUGAUCUUGUUCAAGGCAUUCCAUGCAAGAUCAAUCUCAUUCAAUUUAAUCCUCACUGUGGAUCCCAGUUUAGACCAACCAGUACAGAGAAAAUGAUCAAGUUCAGAAAUAUUUUGGCAGAAGCCAAGUGCGUUGUUUUCAUGCGAUACAGUAAAGGCGAUGAUCAGAUGGCUGCUUGUGGUCAGCUUGGCAAGCCUGGAGCAAUCCAGACUCCCUUAAUUCGUGUUCCAGAGCAAUUUAAAAUGGCUGUAAAUGCUUAGGGGGCCGCGCAAUCGCCAUUUUGGCCGAGUGGCACAGUGUCUCCCACUGACCUCCCUCGUUUUGCAUGAAUGACAAAAUCAAGCUUAGCUACUGAGAUUGACCGCCAACCGGCAUGAUAUGUUCUGAUUGAUCGUUGCGAUAGGAAAGAAAACUUCAACACCAAAGCAGCAUUCACCAUGAUUCUAUGAUGCCUUACAACAUCAGAACCAUGUCGUGUCUUGAAUCUUGAUUUUUUUUGUCAUUUCCCUCGAGGACCAUCAUGGCCGACUUGAAUGCAUAUCCUAAGCUUCAUUUUGGUGUCUUGGUGAAUCAUAGGUAAGCAGUCCAAGGCAAAAUUAAUGGGAUUAGAUGUCCAGAGGAGCACUAAAGUAAUUGGAUCUCAAUCGUUAAGAGAACAUUCAGAGAAGUCAUAAAUUCUGAAUUCGUUGCUUCGAAAUUGCUAUAAUUAUUAACAAAUAUGGAAAAAGAACUGGUUUUUCCAGGUGCCGUGAACAGUGAAGCAGCUCCUCUUUUCUUUUCAUUUUCAUCUUUUUAAAAUUUUUUUCCUUACUUCUCUCUAUGAGCCUCCUCCAAUUUCCUUCUCUGGGCUUACUCUCCGUGCUCCUGGUUUUGACAGUAAAACACUAUCUGCUAGGUUUGAUUACACUGUGCGUGACUCCCAGGCUCACGCUUUAGCCUGUACUUGUGUACUGUAUCAUACUAAUUUAUACUUUUGCAUAAGCAUCCAUUUUUAUCUUUGUUGUUCUGAA